AUGGCACCCCAAACAGCGUUCGCCCUGGUCACUGGCUGCGGGAAAGGGGGCAUUGGUGAGGCCUUAGUCAUAGAGUACCAGCGGAAAGGCCUGCACUCCAUUGCUACGAUCCUCCCGUCCGAGUCAAGCGACCAUCUCACCGACGCUGGGAUAUCAUGGUUCCACUUAGAUGUGACCAGUGACGAGUCAGUAGAGGAACUCAAAAACACCGUCCGUGAACUUACUGGCGGCUUUCUUGAUAUUCUGGUGAACAACGCCGGGAUAGCCUAUACCAUGGCGGCUAUCGACACCGACGUCACGGAGGUUGGCCGUAUGUUUGAUGUCAACGUGUUUGGACCAAUGAGAAUGGUACACCACUUUCAUGAUUUGCUGAUCAAGGCGCACGGAACUGUGGUCAACAUCGGGUCGGUGGGCGGCAUUGUUCCCUACGUCUAUGGAUCUUCAUACAACGCCACCAAAGCAGCUCUUCAGCACUGGUCAAACACACUGCGAGUGGAGAUGGCACCACUCGAUGUCAGCGUCCUUACUAUCAUAUCGGGAGAGAUCGGGACCAACAUACUCCGAAGAGACAUUCAUAGGGAACUUCCAAGAGGGUCUUACAUGGCUCCUCUCGCAGAUGAGUUCAAACAGCACGUCCAGAGAUCCCCGAAUACUACGGACCGUUUCGAAUACGCCAGCAAGGUCGUGGCCCAGAGCUUGAAGCAGUCUCCACCAGCUUGGUUCUGGUACGGGAAGACCGCCUCCACGGUCCGUUUCUUGGACAUGUUUGCAUGGCGUACCAUCUGGGACUACAUAUUUUGGGCCUCCUUCAAUCUCGGAAAGCUCAGAGAUGCUCACAGGACGAGCGCUGGGGUGAUGAAAGGUGACUGA